AUGAAAUGGAUGGAAGGUGCAAAACAAGGCAUUGUCGUGGCUGGUGGUCAAGGAAAAGGAAAUGAUCUUACACAAUUGUCAUCUCCUGAAGGAGUCGUUGUCGAUCAAUUGGGCACUGUCUAUGUGGCUGAUAAAGGGAAUGAUCGAAUCAUGCGUUGGCCUAAAGGAGCCACACAAGGAAGUGUCAUUGUUGGUGGAAAUGGUCGUGGAGAACAAUCGAACCAACUCCAUUGGCCCGUCGGUUUGUCAUUCGAUCGAUACGGGAAUCUCUAUGUUGUCGAUUGGAGAAAUCGUCGAGUACAAAAUUCAGUAUUGAUUCUGAUGUAUAAUAGUUGUUGCCAGUAGAUCCCGAUAGAGCCUAAGUGAGGUGGCAUUUGACUAGGAUGAGUGUGAAUCAGUAUAGGAGUUAAACCUUUGUUGACAAAGUUCAUAGCUGAGGGAAAUGCAAAUAAAUUCAACUCUUUUCAGUCCCAGAGCAUAAAAAAGCUACACAUAUUUUAUAGUUAUUUUUCAUUACAUAAUUUAUAAAAACUAGUACUUAAUUCCUUGGAAUGAAACAAUAAUGAAUGCUCUAGAAUUCUCCCGAACUAGCUGUAGAGGAAAUAUAGAGUGGUUUAUUGUGAAAGUUUCGAUUGAUGAGUAGAGCUGAUAAAAAAGAGACAGCAGAACUUUCUAUUCAUUGUUCAGAAAGUAAAAGGAAAUUUUAGAAACGUUAGUGAACAAAUCGUCAUUAACUCAACUGUUAGGACAUAUGUAUGGCGUUGUGUCUAAAAGAAGAUGCUGAUAUUACAGUGAGACAGCUUGUUCAGUAUUUAGUAGCAUAAUGUUUAGUUUUUGUGACAUUUCUCUGCAUGUAAAAAAAUAAAAAUUGUUUUCUGUUGUUUCAUGAAAAACUUGCAUACGUUUUGAAAUUAAUAAGCUUUACGAAUGCCAAAUUUCUGCUGAAAUGCGACCAAAGUGAGUAAAACUUAUACGAAGAACCACAUACGAGCGCGCGCAAGUUAUUUAUGAUGAAUGUCCUUGUCUAAAAUAAGCGAAUUCAACAGCCUACUUGAAUUAAGUUUAGCAGAAAUAGUUUGGGACUAAAAGGAUUAAGAUGGCUAUAACUUUGUUUAUAAGUAAAACCAAACAUGAUAACUAUCAACUGCAGAUAUAGCUUUCAAUCACAGUUAUAUAUAUGAACUGAGGUUAUAACUAUCAUUCAUUUUAACUUGAUUAACGUUUAAAUUAAUUGAAUAGUUUUAUUUAAGUGAAAUUAAUAAUUAUUUUGAUUUAAUUGAGAUGCAUGAUAGAUUAAAUUAAAGCAUAUGUUGCCUGUGGAUGUUUUAUUGCAGAAACUAGUAUUUAUGCAUUAAUCUUUGCGACGCUUUUUAUGUAUUCAUUUACAAGUUAAAUAUUUUUAUAUUUACGCGUCGACUAACAAUGCAAUGGUGUAUUUUUCCCUAAGAAACAGCACAGUCCUUAUUUAACGUUAACAGCUGCGCAUGAAACGAACAAAUCGCAAUCAUUUGUAUCGAAGAUAUACAUAUAGAUUGAACAUGAUUUAAAACAAAUAAUGCUCGUCGAUGUGACUCGCUUUAUCUUCGACUAAAUAUUCGGCUCUUUUGGUAUUUUAUACUGCUUUACAGCUCUCAACAAAGCGAUUAUCCAAUAUUUGAAAAAGUAUGUGCGUGGAUGCUGAUACUAGUGUCAGUCUCCUGGUGCAUGAUGGUAUGUGUGUCCAUGUAAGAAUUUUUGUCAUAAACUCAUCUCAUCAAACUGGUAUCCACACAUCGAUACUCAACAGAAAUCUAAAUGAACUACACACGCAGCAGCAGUAUCCACACACACUAGACAAAAGAGAUUAUAUUCAAUUUACUGAAAGGAUCACGAAACAACGUUCAUCCGUGACACAAGAGUAAAAACGCUUCAUACUCCUUGAAAAUUCUGCUAAAAGUCCUUAUGGUUACUAGCAUAUCAACUGACAUUGUCGUCUGCCAGAGCGUCCACUAUAAAAACAUGAGUUCAGCUGAACUUCUAGCUUCAAAUAAAUUAUACUAGAUCUGAUAUGUAAUCGAAAUGUGCCUCAUUAGUGACGCUCCUACUAAAAGUAUCCAUAAGAUUAGACAGCUAAUUUCAAUAUACGUGAAUACAUUCGAGCAUGUGAAUGAACACAGACAAGGACAUAUAUCAAACAGAAAAAUUCAUUUUAUUUCAUUCAAUUUUGCUUCCGAUAGAGUGAAUA